CAGACUCAAUUACUUUAUUUCCUCGACGGACCUUGACUUUAUUGGCUGCGGAGUGCAUCGCUGAAGUGAUUUAGUGCCACUCAAGUGAACACGAAUCCCAUGAGACCAUGUUUGCCUUUGGCCAACAAUGAUCCUGGAAAAACGAGGGUAACGGCAAAAAGUAUCAUUCAUGAAAGAAUAGUUCAGUUUUUCUUCCGUCAAAAGUGUUCCUUUUCAAGAAAAACGUUCGUAACGUUCGUGUGAGUGAUCGAUAAAAAGUUAGAAUCCGGGGGACAUGGCUUGGCAUUGGAAGGCCGUGUCACUCACGCCUCGGAGGAUCACUUUAAUUAAAAGCAGAAUCUCGGUUUUAAGUCAAACGGAGCCCGAAAGGCUCUGUCUGAGGUUGAUCGGUUAGAGUGAGCAAACCGAAAUUUAGACAUGAGCUACAAAUAUCUUGUAGAAGCGUUCCUCAUGCCUUUCAUCUCUGCCUGUGGCAUAAUUGGGAACUGUGUCUCAUUUCACAUCCUCCGCAAACGCGAAGUCAAACUUAAGGAGGAUUUCGUGGACAUUCUAUGCUCCCUCGCAACAUUUGAUAACCUUCUCUUGAUCUCCAUCUACUUUCUAUUCUCUCUUCCCACUCAAUGCGGGCACUAUGCUGAAAAUUACUUUCCUUACACUGUGCCCUACUUGUAUCCUUUGACCAAUGUCUUCAUGACCUGUUCCGGAUACAUGACCGCCUGUGUCGGGAUUAACCGUUAUCUGGACCUCAUCGAUAUGAAUCCCAAUGUCAAGCGAGCAGGAUAUAUCCAGGCCUUGAUAGUGUUGAUCAUGGCCAGUCUAGUGAACGUGCCACGCUGGUUUGAAUUUGAAUAUCAAAUCGAGACCUUGAGCACGGAUCUCACCCCAGGCAAUGAGUCCAUGAAGGUCUUUAUCAACACAACGAAAGUGGUGGCCAGGACCACUGACCUUCGCAAGGACGAGGACUACGUCAGGGACUAUACAUUGAUAGCUUCUUCUGUGUUAGUUGUGUUUCUCCCUACUUUGUGCAUGUUCGUCACCACCGUCCUCAUAUCCAGGGAUUUGAUGAGGGUGACCAAAGCGAGCAAUGCCUUAAAUAACUCCCAAGAAGAAAAGCGACGAAAGCGAAACCGAAAUAUCACAUGUGUGCUCGUCAUGAUUAUCGUACUCUUUAUGGUGACCCAUGUUGGCGAGAUCUUUAUCGCCUUGUAUGAGAUGAGUAAUUUACGGGAUGGGAAAAGGGGCGCAUUUCCCACCUGGGCCAAGAACAUUGUCACCACCAAUCAUCUACUCAUUGUGAUCAAUUCCUCACUCAACUUUGUGAUCUACUGCAAGGAUGUUGUAUUUAGGCGAUGUCUCCUCACCGUGUAUAGAGCCUGGAGCAUUCGGAAGCAAAUGGGCAUCCCUGGAGACGUGACGAUUAGCAUUCAUUCCAUGGCCGCUCAACAACUUCGGAGUUUGAACAGUGAGUUAGGCAUCAACUUGCACGGCGAUCCAUCACCGGAAGUGAUCCUCCGGGAACUGGACCCGCAAUCCAUGAUCCUCUGCGGGUUGUCUCCGGCCAGUCGAACCUAUCAACGACCCAAUGGGUCCACAAUUCAGGGAUGUGUGGUUCGAUUCCAAACCCGAGGCUCGGAUCCCAACUCAUCCGGCGAAGUCCAAGAUCAAGCCAGUCGAGAUCUGAAGAAGUUUGGGUACUCUUUGUCAGAUUGUUCCAGUAAAGCGGUGGUAACGUUGCCAACAACGUGAUCAAUGCCAGUGUACGUGCUUGACUGCUUUUUGAUGUGGUAGUUGCAGUCGAAUCAUCAUUAUCCAAAGGAAAUAUGUUUUUUUUGCCGUUGGGAGAGUGUAAAGCUUUGACAAAUCAGGGAUCCCGGAGGCUACGAGGAUCACACGUGCGUCAAAUGAGACGUGAGAAGGCAACGGGCUUGCGAUUUGUACUUUGAGCAAAAUCAAGGGUCUGGCUGAAAACGUCGCUGUUUGAAAUUGCAAUUGUCUAGAGGAUCUGCAUUCGAUUGAUUGAAAUAGACCAGGAAAAUGAAAGUUGCUCAAACGCCUUGAAGUCAAUUUUAAAUAAUGAUUGGAGAUUUUGGAGAGUUCAAGGGAUCUAUCAAAAGUUGGGACAGUUUGAAAAAAAAAAAUGGACCAAAGCAAUUAACAUGCAGUCAGAACUGUUUUCCUAUUUUAAAAGUACACCCUGACACAUAAAUACAUACGGGUGGUAAUUUAUUCAUAUUUUAGGAAUAAUACAGUUUAUAAAAUCGUUACUAAUAGCGAAAGAAAUCAUCCUUCAUUUUAUUGGCCUCAGCUAUUUUACUUCACAAUCUUCUGAGUGAUUUGGAAAAUCCACUUCUAGCCAACGAUAGUCAGUCAAUGUAAUGAGAGGUGUAGCAGAGUCGUGUGCGAAAGUUGUUGUAGACCUUGAUUGGAUCAAGUUCACUUUCAGAAUUCCACCUAUUGCGCUUUUCUUGCUCAUUUCUACAAGACCUUCUUUCACCAGAUUGUUCUCUUGGCAUCACUUGACAUUGACAGUUUGAUUUGGAGGCACAAAGUGAACAUUGGUAUGUGGGGCAUAAAAACAUUCCCCAAACCACGGCUUUUGAUGAAUGCUCGACAGUUUUUUGUUGCUUGACGCAUACUCGUUGCCAUUGAUUUGUCUAUAUUUGGGCUGUGGAUGGAAAAAAUGGAACAAUCUCUCCUCACUUCAUAUCACUUGUCUCCAGCAAACCAAUGCCUCCGUUCAAGAACACAUUUAAGUCUGGCUUUAAGUCUAAGACAAGAGUCAAGAAGUUAUUGGCCUCCAACCAAUACCCUUCUAUCAUCAAUCACUUUGAUUUGUAUAGCUUCACUUUGUACCAUUCCAAAUCUCACAACCAGUUUUGCCAUUUUUCUGUAAUCUGCGCAUAGAGCAAGAAUAAAAAUGGGGCUGAUGCAAAUUAUUGAAAAUUAUGCCUUUAAGAACAAUUUUGACUCAACCGAAAUGAGUACUUCUCUUCAUAUAAUAACAAUAUCAACACAAGAUCACAAAAUAUGUUGGUUUUUUUUUCAUUUUGAUCAUGAAUUCCACAUGUACGGUUAAAAGGACGGGGCGCCAAAUUCAACAGGAACAAAUUUAUGCGGCAGGGUGUAUUGUGUUCCUUAAAACUAAAAUUCAUCAAAAUCAUAGCUACUUUGUGUACAAGGUAAUAUUGAAAGCACUUUUUGGAUCUCAUGAACUUUCAUUGUGCAUAAAAAGGAUGGGGACACUUAAAAAAGUCCAUAAGGAAUUUGGUCAAGAUUUUAGACCACGCACUACUUCGAAACCCAAAUUUGAUUCAGCCAAAAAAAGAGGCUAGAAUUUGCACAAAUAACCUUUUGUACAUCUGAUUCAAGUACUCAUGUCAAGAAAGGUGAUCAUUUUUGUAUAAUCUACUUUUGCUUUUCCGGCCAUGACCAAUUCUUUAAAAUCAUUAAAAAUGACUAACAUUGAUCGAUUGAACCAAUGAAUUCGUUCAACACGAUAUCAAGAUUAAAAUGAACUUGACAAAAUUUGUAAAUAUCUGCAUCCGAAAGCAAAACAUAAAUUUGUUCCUCCAUUCCUUUUCAUCCAAUUACUUCAAGGUUUUUAUUUGAUUCAAGCAACGCCGCUGCUUGAGGCUAGCUAACAUCAAAAGUUGUUACAAAGAGCGCAAAAUAUAAGUUCUCCGGAUGCACUAACAUUUUGAUAUUGUACGCUUCCAACCAAUACCCUUCCAUUCAUCAAUCUAAUGUCGACUUCCGACACGUUCAAUACCUUUUUCCCCUUCGAAUCCCUUUGAUCUGAAAUUGAAUGGAUCAGUUCGCCCCCUCCACCACGUUUCUUGGGUCUCUCUCCGUCUCCGCACAAACCUAAUCAUCAACGGCAUCAAAGUGGAAAUGGUAUCAAUUAUCAAUCAAAUCCAAUAAUUGCCCAUUUCGUUGGUAUCGAUGUAUUACUUCUAUGAUAAAUUUGAAACCGCUUUUGUUGUGCCAAAGAUGUCAUCCUUUUACAAUCAAUGUAACGGAUAUUUUGAAAUAAAAGAAGAACGUAUUUUGAGAACUGCUA